AUGGCUUCCUCAACCCCAAUCUCGAUCCCCCACUUCGUCGAAACCCAGCUCCAGCUCCUCCUCCUCGAACACGAAGCCGAAGUCUCCUCCUCCUCCCUCGCAACAACAGCUGCGUCCGUGUCUCCAGCUACUCGACGCACAUUACAAGCUACAGGCUAUGCCUUGACAGGCCUCGUGCUAUCACAGUGCCGCACCGGUCUCGGCGGACGCGUUGUCGGCGAAUUCGCGCCAGACCCGGCCGUCUCGUCGGGAAAAUCGGAUAAUGAUCGCGCAUCAGAUGGUCAACCUCGACUGGGCUCUCAUGGGAUUCGGGUUGGGGAUGUUGUUCGCGUGAACGACAUUUCUGCGGGGAAUUCAAAGAAGAUCGGUAAAGAUAAAGGUAAAGAUGGUGGGUCAAAGGAGCAGAAGGAUAAGGGUGGCCCCGAGGGUGUGGUUACUCGUGUCAAUGAUAAAGCUAUUUGGAUUGCUUUUGGUCAACAAGGGAAAGGGGGUGGGACCUCGAAGGAGGACGAUGAAGCUAUUGAGGAGCUUUGGGGGAAGAAGUUGUGGGCGUAUGUGCUGAUCUACGCUACCUUUGCAACUGGGUUGAGUUACUAA